AUGAAUUAUGAGUGUAGUCAAGGAGGAAGAAUAUGGGUGCUUUGGAGAGAUGAUGUGCGUAUGACUCCAGUUUACAAGUCGGAUCAGUUGAUAACUUGUUCAGUGGAGUUGGAGGGGGAAAAGGAGUUUUUGUGUACGUUUGUUUAUGCGAAGAAUUUGAGUGAAGAAAGAAAGGAGUUGUGGGAAGAUCUUUGUCAUCAUCAUGACUCUGCUAUGUUUAGGAAUAAGGAGUGGAUAAUCAUGGGUGACUUCAAUGAGAUUUUAGAUGGUGAUGAGAAUUCAAGAUUCUCAAGUUUGGAGAGAGUUCCAGGAGGCAUGAGAGAUUUUCAGAGAGUGAUGCUUCAUUGUCACUUGUCUGAUUUGGGUUAUCAAGGAAGUUGCUCAGACCAUUUGAGAUGUACGAUUCAACUCAAGCCGGCUCAAGAGAAAAUACGAAGGCCAUUUAAGUUUGUGAAUGCAAUUGGGACUUUGCCGGGGUUUCUUCCAAUGAUCAAGAGGUUUUGGGAUGAUACGGAGGUUCUUUUUCAUUCUACUUCUGCCUUAUACAGAUUUUCAAAGAAGAUCCAAAUUUUGAAGCCUUUGAUAAGAGAGCUGGGAAGAGAAGGUUUGGGAAAUCUAAAGAGAAGGGCAAAAGAGACUUAUGAGGUGUUAUGUGAUAAGCAGAAGGAAACGCUUCAAGACCCAAGUGAAGUAGCAGUUCAAGAGGAAGCUAUAGCUUAUGAGAAUUGGUUGAAAGUUGCAAGCCUGGAAGAAGACUUUCUAAAGCAACGAUCUAAACUUCAUUGGUUGGAUGUGGGAGACCACAACAACAAAGCUUUCUAUAACGCAAUAAGGUCACGUCAAGCACAGAAUAUGAUUCGAGAGGUUAGAUGUGUUGAUGGAAGUACAGUCUCGGAGCAUAAGGAGAUAAAGAAGGAAGCUGAGAGUUUCUUCUCAAACCUCUUGAACAUGUGUCCUGAUGAAUACAAAGGCACUACAGUGGAUGAAUUGCGUGAUCUUCUUGAGUACAGAUGCAGCUUAGAUGAUUGUAUUAUGCUUGAAGCUGAGGUAACAGCAGAAGAGAUUAAGAAAGUGUUAUUUGCGAUGCCUGCAAAUAAGUCUCCAGGGCCGGAUGGUUAUCCCUGUGUGAACUCAACGAUCUUGGCUCUUGUACCUAAAAAGACAGAUUCUAUGGAAAUGAAAGACUAUAGGCCUAUUGCGUGCUGCAAUGUCAUCUACAAAGUGGUGUCAAAAAUUAUUGCGAAUAGACUGAAGAAGCUACUGCCUAAUAUCAUCAGUGAGAACCAGUCGGCUUUCAUCAAAGGUAGGCUGUUAAUGGAUAAUGUGCUCUUAGCUUCAGAGUUGGAGUCUAUAGAAGGUGCGCUUGCUGUAUUUGACGAAUUUGCGGUCUGGUCUGGCUUGAAGAUAAGUAUAGAGAAGUCUACAAUCUAUAUGGCAGGAGUGAAAGCAGAGGAAAGGGCAAGAAUCUUGUUAAACUUCCCUUUAGCUGUAGGAACUCUUCCUGUGAGGUUGCCAAGUAAGUGUAUGAAAGAAGUAGAACAGCUCUGUGCGGAUUUUCUUUGGUCAGGUCCGAUUCUCAAAUCUACUGGUGCAAAGGUUGCAUGGUGUGAAGUGUGUAAGCAGAAACAUGAAGGAGGUUUGGGAAUUCGAGCUCUUAAGGAAGUAAAUUUGGUUUGUGGCUUGAAGCUGAUAUGGAGAUUACUUAAUGGGAAGUCAUUAUGGAGCAAAUGGAUAAAGGAAAAUCUUAUGAAAAAGAAAAGUUUUUGGGAAGUGAAUGUGAAGUCUCAAAAUGGUUCUUGGAUGUGGAGGAAGUUACUUAAGCUAAGAGAGAUUGCAAAAGAGGCUUUAUUGACUUGGGGCAUCCGUAAAGAAGCUACGGUAGAAGAAGCUGUUUUUAAAGCUCGUAGAAGAAGAAGGCACAUAACAGAGAUCCUUAAUACUAUUGAAGAGAAGCUCAGUACUAUGAAAGAUAAUAUGAUUGAAGAUGUGGAGGAUGAGAGUAUGUGGAAGAGAGAGGCGGGAUUCAGAAAUGAUUUCUCAACUUCUGAAACUUGGAAGCUCACUAGAGGUGAGAAAGAAAAGUGUGUUUGGACUCGAGGUGUUUGGUUUUCUCAGGCAACUCCAAAGUUUGCUUUCAUGGUUUGGCUAGCAAAUCUAAACAGGCUUUCUACGAUGGAUAGAAUUGCUAGUUGGAACCCAGGUGUUGAUGAUGGAUGUGUGCUCUGUAAAAAUGCAAUUGAUAUCGGAGGGGAGAAAUAUGGACCGAAAGAAGUUGUUCUGUCUCCGCUAUGCUCUCCAAGCAGCUAUGUAUGGAGUUUGGCGAGAGAGGAACAGAGUAAACAUGGAGAGAAGUUGGUUCCAGUAAAUGUUUUAAAGAAGAUGAUUGACAAGGGUAUUAGAAACAAGCUGAGCUUAUUGAAGUCAAAGAGAGUGAAAGGGAUGGAGGAUGGACUAAAGCUAUGGUUUGGAACUAGAGUUUGA